AUGACCAACCACCAGAAUAUUGACCAGAAUAACCAACACCCCAACCCACCACCUCAAGUUGAUAUGCUUACAAGAUUUCUGAAGUUGCACCCACCUACUUUCACCACCUCCGCUAAACCCAUGGUAGCAGAUGACUGGCUGCGUUCAGUGAACAAGAACUUAGUGACUGUGGGCUGCACAGACGCUGAGAAAGUGAGGUUUGCAGCACACUUGUUGGAGGGACCAGCCGCAUAUUGGUGGGAGAACUACCUGAUCACCAACCCGAUUGAAGACGUCACUUGGGAGAUGUUCCAGGAUGCUUUUCGCACCGCCCAUAUCUCCGCGGGAGUGCUAAGCCUGAGGAAGAAGGAGUUCCACAAACUGAAUCAAGGAACCCGCACCGUGAUGGAAUAUAUUGAGGAGUUCAACAAGCUGUCUCGCUAUGCACCUGAUGAAGUCAAUACCGAUGCCAAGCGCCGUGAGAAGUUUUUCGAUGGACUGAACGACGUGCUUUCCUUUCAGCUGGUAGUUUCUUACACCCCCACCUAUCAGUCCCUAGUAGACAAGGGCUUUAUCUUGGAAGACAAGAUAAACCAGAUUGAGAGCCGCAAGAGAAGACAUCGCCAUGGAAGCUUUAACACUGGACCACACCAGAAGCCACGCACCUCUUAUGAGGGUAGUGGUAGUUCAUCUAGGAUCAAACAUGGAAGCCACCACCACCACCACAUCCAUGGAGGGAAUGGACACCGACACCGGCACGAGAGCAAUGACUGUGGCAGAGGUAACAACAACGAGCAGAACCAGAAUGACGACUUCACCCAGUUUAACUUGAGUCAAGUAGAAUGCUUUAAGUGCCACAAGAUGGGGCACUACUCGAAUGAUUGCCCGGAGAGGUUCGAGGGAAAUGGAGUCAAGCACACCCCGUUCCUGGAGGGUCAUGUGAACCAAAUCAGUAUGGAAGAAAUCACAGAGCCGGGCAUUGUGAUUGGAAUGUUCCGCGUGAAUUCUUUCCAGGCACUCGUACUCUUUGACACGGGUGCAUCACAUUCGUUCAUAUCAAGGAUAUUCCUACGUUUGCGCCCGCCCACUUUUUCCAGCUCCACUGAGCCUAUUAUGGCUGACGAUUGGCUCCGGUCAGUCAAUAAGAACUUGGUCACCAUCAACUGCACUGACGAAGAGAAAGUGCGAUUCGCAGCUCAUUUGCUAGAAGGACCCGCAGCGUCAUGGUGGGAAAAUUUUCAGAUCACCACCCCCAUCGAGGAUGUCACCUGGGACAUGUUCCAGGAAGCCUUCCGCACUGCCCACAUCUCUGCGGGAGUGCUCAGCCUGAAAAAGAAAGAGUUUCACAGGCUACGACAAGGAAGCCGCUCAGUGUCGGAAUACAUAGAUGUAUUCAACCAGCUGUCCCGCUAUGCACCGGACGAUGUGAACACCGACACCAAGCGCAGAGAGAAGUUCUUGGAUGGUCUGAACGACGAGCUGUCAGUUCAACUUGCUAUUGCUUACACCCCCACCUACCAGUCCUUGAUUGACAAGGCCAUCAUUCUGGAGAGUAAACUCACUCAGAUGGAGAGUCGCAAGAAGAGAUUUCACCGAGGGCACGUGGAUGUGGAAGAGAUCACCGAGGAACCAGGUAUCAUACUUGGCACCUUUCACAUUAAUGCUUUUGAAGUACUAGUUCUGUUUGACACUGGAGCAUCGCAUUCAUUCAUUUCAAGAGUAUGGGUAGAAAGAGGCAAAUUACCCUCUGAGACCAUGAGUAGACCUAUGAAAGUAAACUCACCGGGUGGAAUAAUGCUAGCAACCCGACACUGUCACCAGCUACCCCUAAGUAUUGGGAGGCACAUUUUUCCCUCUGAUCUCAUAGUUAUAGAUUCCCGAGGACUGGACCUAAUCCUGGGAAUGGACUGGUUGACCUUAUAUGAAGGAUUAGUAGACUGUGCCCAGAGAACUGUCACACUCACAACCCCAGACAAGAGACGCAUCCGGUACAAGUCAACCCACGAGCUUAAGAAACCCAAGGUUAAUGCUCUUAAGGGGGUUAGCAUGGACGAUGUACCAAUAGUGAAGGAAUACCCAGACGUGUUUCCAGAGGAAUUACCAGGCAUGCCACCGGACCGUGAUGUGGAGUUUCUUAUUGAGCUAAUGCCAGGAAGUGGACCCAUAGCCAAGAGACCAUAUAAGAUGGCUGUGGAUGAGUUAAAAGAAUUGAAGAAGCAGCUAGCUGAACAGUUAGCGAAAGGGUUCAUCCGCCCUAGUUCAUCACCCUGGGGAGCACCUGUCCUGUUUGUGGAAAAGAAGGACAAGAGUCAACGAAUGUGUAUUGAUUAUCGGUCACUAAACGAGGUGACGAUAAAGAAUAAAUACCCCUUGCCUAUCAUCAACGAUCUUUUCGACCAGUUGGAAGGAGCCUGUGUAUUCUCAAAGAUCGAUCUGCGAUCAGGGUAUUUUCAACUGAAAAUCCGAGAGAUGGAUAUACCCAAGACGGCAUUCACCACUAGAUAUGGACUUUAUGAGUAUACUGUGAUGCCCUUCGGUUUGACCAACGCACCAGCAUACUUCAUGAACAUGAUGAACAAGGUGUUCAUGGAAUUCUUGGACAAGUUUGUCGUAGUAUUCAUAGAUGACAUCUUGAUUUACUCCAAGAGCAAGAAAGAGCAUGAUCAGCAUCUGCGCAUGAUUUUGGAAAAGUUGAGAGCUCACCAGCUGUACGCCAAAUUCAGCAAGUGUGAAUUUUGGUUAUCAGAAGUCAACUUUCUUGGACACAUGGUGUCAGGAGCCGGAGUAGCCGUUGACCCAGCUAAAGUUGCAGCAGUUACGGAAUGGGAGGCACCGAAGAAUGUCGGAGAAGUCCGCAGCUUCCUUGGACUUGCCGGUUAUUAUCGGAGAUUCAUUGAGAAUUUCUCCAAAAUAGCGAAACCCAUGACAGAGCUUUUAAAGAAAGAGAAGAAGUUUGCCUGGAAUGAGUUUUGUGAAGAGAACUUCCAGGAAUUGAAGAAAAGACUAGUGUCUGCGCCCAUCCUUGUUUUACCUGACCUACAAGAGGAUUUUCAAGUUUACUGUGACGCCUCGCGUCAAGGUUUGGGAGGAGUAUUGAUGCAGAAUGGGAGAGUUGUAGCUUACGCUUCGAGGCAAUUGAAGAGCCACGAGGGCAAUUACCCCACUCACGACUUGGAAUUAGCAUCAGUAGUGCACGCCCUGAAGACUUGGAGACACUAUCUAAUGGGAAAGCGUUGUGAGCUGUUUACUGAUCAUAAGAGUCUGAAGUAUAUAUUCACCCAGAAAGAGUUGAAUCUGAGGCAGAGGAGAUGGUUAGAACUGAUAAAAGAUUAUGACCUGAAUUUACAAUACCAUCCAGGCAAGGCUAACGUCGUAGCUGAUGCAUUGAGCCGCAAGGGCUAUGUAAAUGGACUAACAACUGGAGAGUUACCACCAGAGUUGUGCGAACAGUUCAAAGACCUCAGACUGGAAAUAGUACCGGAAGGUUACUUAGCCACUUUGGAAGUGCAACCCACACUGCUAGAUAAGAUUAAAGAAGCACAAAAAGAUGAUUCGGAAAUAAAGGAAAUAAGAGGGAAUAUGAUUAGUGGAAAGGCCAAAGAUUUUCGAGAAGACGAUCAGGGAACCAUAUGGUUCGGAAAACGCAUUUGCGUACCGCAAGAUCCGAAAAUCAGAAAGAUGAUUUUGCAAGAAGCCCACGAUUCACCAUAUUCAAUCCACCCUGGAAACACAAAGAUGUACAUGGACCUCAAGGAAACAUUUUGGUGGUCCGGAUUGAAGCGUGACAUCGCAGAGUUCAUUGCCUUGUGCGAUGUGUGCAGCAGAGUUAAGGCAGAACACCAGAAGCCAGCAGGGUUACUGAGACCAUUGCCUAUACCGGAUUGGAAAUGGGAUAAAGUUGGCAUGGACUUUAUCACCGGGCUACCAAGGACUAGAGCGGGAUAUGAUUCUAUUUGGGUAGUGGUUGACCGUUUGACCAAGGUUGCCCACUUCAUACCUGUGAAGACUACAUACACCAGCGCACAGUUAGCUAAACGCUACGUGUCCAGAAUAGUGUGUUUACACGGAGUACCCAAGGAAAUAGUUUCAGACAGAGGUACUCAAUUUACCUCAAGAUUUUGGGGACAACUACAUGAGUCUCUAGGAACGAGACUAGAAUUCAGUACAGCCUUUCAUCCGCAGACGGAUGGACAGACCGAGAGAGUAAAUCAGAUCCUUGAAGAUAUGUUAAGAGCUUGCGCUCUAGAUUAUGGGUCUAGUUGGGAUGACAAUUUGCCGUAUGCAGAAUUCUCAUACAACAACAGCUUCCAAGCCAGCAUUGGGAUGUCACCGUUUGAAGCCUUGUAUGGAAGGAAAUGCAGAACACCAUUGUUAUGGGAUGGUGUAGGAGACCGUAGCCUAUUCGGCCCAGACAUGAUAAAAGAUGCCGAAGAAAAGGUUAGACUCAUCCGAGACCGACUGAAGGUAGCUCAGUCAAGACAAAAGAGCUAUGCGGAUACAAAACGUAGGGAGGUUACCUAUGAAGCUGAAGAUAGAGCGUAUCUCAGAGUUUCACCGAUACGCGGUGUCAAGAGAUUUGGUAUAAGAGGGAAGUUAGCACCCCGAUUCGUCGGACCUUUCAAGAUAUUGUCGCGACAAGGAGAGGUAGCCUACAAGUUGGAUUUGCCGAAAGCACUGUCAAACGUCCACAAUGUCUUCCAUGUGUCGCAACUGAAGAAGUGUCACCCCGAGAUGGCCGACACACCCCUGAGGGAUACGAUCCCACUUGAGGAAGUCCAAUUGCAGAGUGACCUCACCUAUGAGGAGAAACCGGUCAGGAUCUUGGAUACAGCUGAGAGACAGACCCGAUCCAAGACCAUCAAGUUUUGCAAGGUCCAGUGGGACCAUCACACAGGAGAAGAAGCCACUUGGGAACGCGAGGAUGAUCUUCGAGAAGACCACCCACACCUUGACCAAGAAGAAAAGAGGUUGAUCCAUGGUUCGGGAUCCAGUUCGAAGAAGAACAACAUUGCACUCAAGGCCAAGAAAUCAUCCAAGAAGAUUGUCAGCUCCAGUGAAGAAUCUGAAGACUCAUCUGAAAUCAUCCAAGAAUCCAACUCCAAUGACGAGUUUGCUCUAUUUGUGAAGAGGUUCAAUAAGAAGUUUGGAAACAAACUGAAGCAUGAAGGUGAAUCCAGCUCCUCCAAGUUUCAGAAAUCUGCACAUCGGAAGAAAUCUGAUAUGGCCAAGAGAGCUUGCUUCAACUGUGGCAAGAAAGGUCAUUUCAUUGUUGAAUGCCCCGAGAAAGUUGAUGAAGACAAGGAGAAGAAAGGAUUCAAGAAACACUCUCACAAGAAGAGCCAUGACCGUCACAAGAAGAAGGAUUGGAAAAAGGACUCUGCUCACAAGAAGAAGGGAAACUUUACUAUUAUUGGUGAAUCUUGCACUGCUGUCACUAACCCUUCACCUAGUGAUCUCUCACUGGCUGAAGAAAAUGCUAAGUUGAAGAAGCAGAUUGAGGCUGGUAUCCUCAAGUGUAACCAAGGGACUGAAACCUUGAACCAGAUUCUUGGUCUUCAAAUUCCUCGUCGACGCAAGGAUGGUAUCGGUUUUGAGAGGAAGUACAAUGUUAACGGUGAUGCUUGGCUCCCUGAGCAAUAUCCCCCUACAAAGUUUGUCCAGGGAAGACGGAAGUAUAUUGAGGUUCCUCCAUUCGUGGGAAAUCUGAAUCCUCGCAAGGAUGCUUCAAAGCGUCCUAAUACUUCACGCGCUUACCCGAUAUUUCAUGUUAAUGAUUCUUACAUUCUGAAGAUGGGUAAGGAUAAUAAAGCAUAUGCAUCCGGAUGUACGAAUCACAUGACCGGUGAGAAGAAAAGGUUUAGCUCUUUAAAACUUGGUCCUCAACAUCAUGAGAACAUCACUUUUGGUGACAAUGGUAAGGAAAAGAUAAUUGGUCUCGACAAAGUUGCUAUAUUUAAGGAAAAUGACUUGUCUAUCAAUGAAGUACUUCUUGUUGAAUCACUUGGAUAUAAUCUUCUAUCUGUUGCUCAACUAUGUGAUCAUGGACUAAUCAGCACAAUAGUUGAGAUCUUCAAGAAGUUUGCACGAAGAGCCCAAAAUGAGUUUGAAGUAUCCAUCAAGGGCGUGCAAAGUGACAAUGGAACAGAAUUCAAGAACCUGAUGAUGGAAGAAUUUCUCGAUGAGUUCGACGUGAAGCAUGACUUUUCUGCACCUCAUGUUCCUCAACAAAAUGGGGUGGUGGAGAGGAAGAACCGCACGUUGAUUGAAAUGGCCCGGACUAUGCUGAACGAGUACAAGACUCCUGACCAUUUUUGGGCUGAAGCCAUCAACACCGCUUGCCAUGCUUCAAAUCGCUUGUAUCUUCAUCGACUUUUGAAGAAAACUCCAUACGAGCUCAUCUCCAACCGCAAGCCUGAUGUGUCAUACUUCAGGGUCUUCGGAAGCAAAUGCUACAUCCUCAACAAGAAGAAUAGACGAGCUAAGUUUGAUUCUUAA